GAGCUUGCCGGACCCAAUUAGAUGCUGUACCCAGUCUGGUUACCCGGGCAACAGGCGUCGCGGUUUGUCAGGAACCAAGAGACUUAAGAGGCCUAUUCACCUCAAUCAUGGAAUCAUCUUCAAAGGGUCUGCUCACCCAAGUUACGCAAUUCUGGAACCUCCUAGAUGACCUGGCUGAAAGUAACCCUGAGAGCUAUGAGAAGUUCAUUCAACAGCAGCUGAAACAAGGGAAACAGCUCUGUGCUGCCCCAGAACCACAGCUCUGUCUACAAACCAGAAUCCUGAAACCAAAAGAAAAACUACUUUUUAUCAACUUAUGUCAGUGGAAAAGGAUUCCAGCUCCCCAAUCAACCACUCACCCAGUGCCUCUCAGUGUUGGCAGACCAGAAGAUAUGUCUGAGACAUCAGAUGUUUACACGAUCAUCGACGUUGCCUACAAUCCUGAUGUUCUCCAGGCAGCAGAAAAGGACCAAGUGAGAAAAGAUCAGUUAAUACGGAUGGCCAUGAAAUGCAUUGAGGAACAACUCCAGUUCACUCUCUCACAUUUUUACCAUAUUACCAAAUUUAAAAUAAAAGGAAGCAUUCAAAGGAUGAAACAAAAUCUGAUGGGAAUCCAAACUGACCCCACAGAUUCAAAAGAAAAAAUGAGAAAGGAACUAACCCUUGAACAGAUAAGAAACAGUACUGUGAGCAAUCCAGAUGACUUCCCUCAUCUUUUACUGCCAAAAGACCAUGUUUCAGGCAAAACAGGGUGCCUGAUAGAAGAGAUUUCCAGUACAGAGAUCCAAGUGGAGAUGAAGAGACCAGCGUAUGAAUUAAAAUUUGUGGUGGAUCAGAAUAAGAAACCGCUGAAAAUUGAAUUAAAAGUUGAAUUACCUGGUAUUAAUUCAGUAUCUCUCUGUGACCUCAGUGUUUCUGAGGAUGAUUUAUUGAUUGAGGUCUCUGAGAAGUACAGAUUACAUCUGAAUCUUCCAGAACCUGUGAAUCCUGAAAUGACGACAGCAAAAUUUAUGAAAGAGAAAACUACAUUAAUCGUCACAAUGCCAUUGAUGUAAGUCAAGAGCAUCAUGUGUUUUGGGUUUUCAGUGCUGAAGUUACAGGACCUUCAUUAUGGUGAACAAGGAGGUAGUGGUUUUUCUUAAACACUAGUUUCAUAUUUUCUAAGAGUUCCUUUUGGUGGAAUGAGAUUUUCUCAUUAGCUGUUCUUUUUUUUUAAAACUUUCUCCUCAAAUAAACUUGGCAUUAAGCAAAAACUACUAAAAACAGUAUUGCCACGAUAUACUUGUUUUGAAGAUAUUUGUAAUGGUCUUAAGUAACUUAAAUACCAUUUGAGGAAAUUCUAUUUAACACGUGAGAAUUGUUUAGUGGUUGAAAAAAAAAUUUGUCUCUAGUAAAUUUUUGCAUCAGGAAUAAAUCACAGAUUCUGCAAGUUUAUUACCAAAGUGGGCCAUAGCAGUUAAGUUUCCUCCAGCAGUAAAAAUACAGAUCCAGUGUAAUCAUAUGCAAACCUAUGCUUCUGUGAAUCUCUGCUUCUAUAAAACAGCUGUCAGGGGUCCAAGCUACCCAGGUGUACAAUACAAAAUACAUCCAACUCUAAGAAAAAGGAGUUGACUUUAGGACAAGUGCCUUUCUCCUAAGAAAAUAAUUUUUAAAAAUACAGAAGUGAUGUACUUUUCAACUCCCAUUCAUCUGAGUUGUCAGAUAAUUGUUCAAUACAAAGGUAUCAACUUUCCAAUUUAUAUCUUAUGUAAGCAAUGUUUACAAUCUUUAAACAUCCCUAAUUAUCUUAUCUAGAUACAAAACUUCCCUGUAUUACUAGUUUCUAGUUCUUUAAUUACUAGUUUCUAGGUCUUUAAAUAAAGUCCUUAUUAAUUUUAAAACUUUUUAACUUCUGUGACUUUAAAAACAUAUUCUUAAAACUGGCUUGGAUUUGAGUCUUUCUAGAAAUAGGAUAAUUUAUCGUGUGAAAAUUUUCUAGAACUAUAUGAUGUCCUAAAAUUAACAAAGCUAUUAUAUAGUCUCAUCCCUCAAAAAACAGUAUGCUUUCACCCUAUCUUUUCUUCAGACAAAAUCGCUGACCAACUUAUUUCCUAGAGACUCCCGUAACCACAUGAAACUGGCUGAAUCUCCACUAUUUUAUUCUGGACAAAAAGGGGCGUUAUACUAAACCUGAUAAGCUCAGGCGAGGCCUGCAUGGUAGGCCUGACAAACUCAGAAACCGAAAGUAACCACAUAGGAUGGUCUGAACAUAAAAAUUGCUAACUAAAAGCGGGUCAUGGCCAGUAGUCACAUCCUUGGCCCAUAGCUUCCUUGACAAAAGUUAAUCUUUACCUUAAGUGAGCCUAUUGUCUUUUUCAUCCAAGAUAACAGUGCCUUGGACAGUCAGAAUAAUCCCUUUCCUCGGACUCCUUAGGGCACAACCCACUACACCAGAGCCCAACUACAGAACCCCUCAUUGUUAUCUUGUUCCCCUGAAUACCAUCUCUAGGUGCUGUACCCACCAACGUAAAAGAAGGGUCUUUCCAUUUUACUUUUUAUCCAAUCCCAGAGAUUUCCCCACUUUGCUUUCUCCUACCCCCUUAAUCUACCACCAAUGGAUUUCAUGUAACAAUCCUUACACUCCUCCUUUGAGUCUUAUAAAAUAAACUGCAAAACUGCCAUUCUCCAGACCAUUUCCUAAUCCGUUGAGAUUUUGUUUCCCAGCAAUUGUUAGAUUGGUUCAAAUAAACUCAUUAAAGUUCUCUACAGGUUUGUACGUUUCUUCAGACAACUCGCAGUGCUUAGGAGUUACUUAUGUCAGCAGCUAUGUAUUUGUGUACUCAUUAAUAAAAUGCAUACCAAGAUCUAAUAUACUUAAUGUUUAAAUGUUAAAUUUAUAUCCUAGUUAUUUCCCAAAAUAUUUUCAUUUAUUUCAGUGUGUUUUAUAUUCAUAAAAACAUUUCCACCUCCACCUCCCUACAGAAAGCAAAACUUUGCCCAGGAAGAGCAUUAACUAAUAAUGAACUGUGGAGUAGUUUAAAUUUGAAUCUUACCAAGAUAUUUUCUUCAAAACUUGAAAUUAUUUGAGAUGGACAUUAAUUAUCCUUGAUUUAGAAACCAGAUUUUUCUAUAAACUUGCUUUGAGGUCAUCCUUGCAAUACAGCCCUGUCAUCUCUCGCACUGGUCAACCUCUCCUGUAGACCAUGCCUUGGGAUUCCAUAACUACAUUGACAAACCUCAGGACUGGAAUAAAAUACCUAACAGAGCAGCCCACUUUCCUCUUGCUGUGCGCCACACCCCAACAUGAGGUGCUUCAGUAACUCCCUGAGCUUCAUUUAGCAGAGUAUAUCCUUCUAAACUCAGUUCCUAUUUAACCAGUUCUAUAAACUCAAAAUGUAUCUGUAUUAAGAGCUUACACAUAUAUAGCUGCUGUCCCUCGUCUUACUCAUUUCAUGUGAAAAUUACCAACAGAUCAAAAAUUAGACCAGACACAUUAAAAACAUAGUUUUGUUUGUAAGCAAUCUAACUGGAACCAAAACCACUAUUUCUAACUUAUUCUUUCAGUUCUGGUAAGAGAAAUAGACUGAAUCAGAUUUUGAUUAUAGGUCAGAUUAAUUUUUAACUCAGAACAAUUUUUAUUAGAAGUCAACUUUUUAUUUCUUUUCCAAGGGAGUAGAAGAGCCGUAAGUAUUAGCAAAGAAUGAAUUAUCUUUGAAGUUUCAUGUAUUUGAACCAGAUGUGGCUCAUACUGAUGAUGGUCCCUUGUGAUAAGCUUGUUCUUUCAGUUCAAGCUAUAAUUACUAAUUACUGUAUUGACUUGUUUUCAUAAUACAGCAAGGGAAAUAUUUAUGGAAUAUAUGGAGUGUCACUUGUGUACCACGCAAUAAUAAACAUUUAGAAACAGAUUCAACAAUGAAAGACCUAAAUUUCAAGGCAUAGCUCCACAUAUUA